CUCCUUCCCUCUUGCCUCCAGUGUCUGUCUCCAGGAUUUCUCUCUUCCGAUUUCAGGAGGACUCUCACAGGCUCUCACAGCCUGUGUUAAGCUGAGGUUUCCCCUAGAUCUCGUAUAUCCCCAACACAUACCUCCACGCACACACAUCCCCAAGAACCUCGCGCUCACACCAACAGACACACGCGCGCACACACACUCGCUCUCGCUUGUCCGUCUCCCUCCCGGGAGAGCCGGCGCGCGUUCCCACCUUCGCCGCACACUCCGGCGAGCCGAGCCCGCAGCGCUCCAGGAUUCUGCGGCCGGGAACUCGGAUUGCAGCUCUGAGCCCCCAUGGUGUUUUUUUAAACACUUCUCUUCCUUCUCUUCCUCGUUUUGAUUGCACCGUUUCGAUCUGGGGGCUAGAGGAGCAAGGCAAGCAGCCUUCCCAGCCAGCCCUUGUUGGCUUGCCAUCCUCCAUCUGGCUUAUAAAAGUUUGCUGAGCGCAGUCCAGAGGGCUGCGCUGCUCGUCCCCUCGGCUGGCGGAAGGGGGUGACGCUGGGCAGCGACGAGGAGCGCGUCGCUGCCUCUGGCGGGCUUUCGGCUUGAGGGGCAAGGUGAAGAGCGCACCGGCCGUGGGGUUUACCGAGCUGGAUUUGUAUGUUGCACCAUGCCUUCUUGGAUCGGGGCUGUGAUUCUUCCCCUCUUGGGGUUGCUGCUGUCCCUCCCGGCCGGGGCGGAUGUGAAGGCUCGGAGCUGCGGAGAGGUCCGCCAGGCGUACGGUGCCAAGGGAUUCAGCCUGGCGGACAUCCCCUACCAGGAGAUCGCAGGGGAACACUUAAGAAUCUGUCCUCAGGAAUAUACAUGCUGCACCACAGAAAUGGAAGAUAAGUUAAGCCAACAGAGCAAACUCGAGUUUGAAAACCUGGUGGAAGAGACAAGCCAUUUUGUGCGCACCACGUUUGUGUCCAGGCAUAAGAAAUUUGACGAAUUUUUCCGAGAGCUCCUGGAGAAUGCAGAAAAGUCACUAAAUGAUAUGUUUGUACGGACUUAUGGCAUGCUGUACAUGCAGAAUUCGGAAGUCUUUCAGGACCUCUUCACAGAGCUGAAAAGGUACUACACUGGCGGUAAUGUGAAUCUGGAAGAAAUGCUCAAUGACUUUUGGGCUCGGCUCCUGGAACGAAUGUUUCAGCUGAUAAACCCUCAGUAUCACUUCAGUGAAGACUACCUGGAAUGCGUGAGCAAAUACACUGACCAGCUCAAGCCAUUUGGAGACGUGCCCCGGAAACUGAAGAUUCAGGUCACCCGCGCCUUCAUUGCUGCCAGGACCUUUGUCCAGGGGCUGACUGUGGGCAGAGAAGUUGCAAACCGAGUUUCCAAGGUCAGCCCAACCCCAGGGUGCAUCCGUGCCCUCAUGAAGAUGCUGUACUGCCCAUACUGUCGGGGGCUUCCCACUGUGAGGCCCUGCAACAACUACUGUCUCAACGUCAUGAAGGGCUGCUUGGCAAAUCAGGCUGACCUCGACACAGAGUGGAAUCUGUUUAUAGAUGCAAUGCUCUUGGUGGCAGAGCGACUGGAGGGGCCAUUCAACAUUGAAUCGGUCAUGGACCCGAUAGAUGUCAAGAUUUCUGAAGCCAUUAUGAACAUGCAAGAAAACAGCAUGCAGGUGUCUGCCAAGGUCUUUCAGGGAUGUGGUCAGCCCAAACCUGCUCCAGCUCUCAGAUCUGCCCGCUCAGCUCCUGAAAAUUUUAAUACACGUUUCAGGCCCUACAAUCCUGAGGAAAGACCGACAACCGCUGCAGGCACGAGCUUGGACCGGCUGGUGAGUAUUCUCAAACUGAUAACCAUGGCGGAUGCUUUGUUUUACCAAGGUCAUUCUUUGAAACUCCUAGGAGAUUCUGAAAAAGUUUGUUAUAAGAGUCAUCUCAUUCUUAUAUCUGCUUCUGUUCUUAAUUUGAAUAUUGAAAAGUAAUGGGAUCUUUCUUUUGGGUCAUGUAUUGGAUUAUUUAAGAAAUCUAUUAAUCCAUUAAGAAACUAUUAACGCAUGUGUGCAGUGACCAAAUUUUCAACUUCUUAUUUCUCAUGAAAUAUUAAUUUGAAAACUAAGUUGCCAGUUCUUCCAGAGAUAUAAUUGCAAUAGCAGAUUUCUUACUCAUCUGCUUCAGUUCUUUUCUGAAAAUGGUUAUUUAUUCAAUUAUGAUAUAAUGCAAUUUUAUUAUGACUUCUUAUUUGCAAAGUUUUCUGUUUGAAAGACCUUGCCCAGAAACCCCAAAUCAAUGUUACUAUCUUUUUUUUUUUCUUUUUUAUGUGUCUUUAAAAAGUUGAAAUCCUUAGAAUUAGUCACUCUUUGAGCCGUUUUUUUAAGAUGUGUGUCAGGGGACUCAGUGAUAUCCAUCAUCAAAGCAGUUUAUAAUACUCGGAAAAUGCAACCAUAAACAUAGUAAAUACAAUUUUUAAAUGUGUUUUAAAGGCCACAUUUUGCUAUAAAAAAUAAAAGCUCAUAAUUUUAAGGAAAUACUGCCUGAUUAUUUUUAAUUCAAUUUCUUCCAUUUAUAGUACUAUAAACACUUUAUAUACCUGCAAUUGUUAGUGCUGUUAAUGUUGCUUUGCCAAUUAUCUUGAUGUAAAAUUAACAGAUAAAAUCCUUAAUGUCAUAAAGCACUUGAACCACAUCUGACUGUGUCAUAUAAACUCAGAUCUCAAAGACUGCCAGUUAUGAAAAUACUUUUAUU